GCGUCGACCACAGACGGAACUUUUCUGUCACAUAUGACUCAUUUUACACAGAACACUUUUUGAGUCUCAGUCAUGUGGACACAACAGAGAAACUUCUUCUAUUUGGCCAUCGUCUCAUAUCUGUUUGCAUCUUCAGUUUCUGCAGAUGCUCAGAUAAGAUUAGUUAAUCCAGAUAAGUCUGGGUUAACUCGUUGCUCCGGAAGAAUUGAAAUCUAUCACAACAACAGAUGGGGAACAGUCUGUGAUGAUGGCUGGGACUUAUAUGAUGCUGAGGUGGUUUGCAGAGAGUUAGACUGUGGACUGGCACUGGAGGCCCCCCGAUCAGCUCACUUUGGUGAAGGAACAGGACAAAUCUGGCUGGAUGAUGUUUCCUGUUUAGGAAGUGAGAGAUCUCUAUCUGGGUGUCAGCACCUAGGAUUUGGUUUACACGACUGUGGACAUGAUGAGGAUGCUGGUGUCAUCUGUUCAGGUGGACCCAUCAGGUUUACCGGGGACGUUCUUUGCUCUGGAAGAGUCGAAAUCUUUUACAACCACACUUGGGGAACAGUCUGUGAUGAUAACUGGGACAUGAAUGAUGCUGAGGUGGUUUGCAGAGAGCUGGGCUGUGGAACGGUACAGAGUGCUGCUGUAUCAGCCAGCUUUGGUGAGGGAAGUGGAUCCAUCUGGCUUGAUGAUGUGGACUGUUCAGGAAGUGAGAGAUCUCUGACUGAGUGUCAGCACAGAGGAUUUGGGACACAUGACUGUACACACAGUAAGGAUGCUGGUGUUGUCUGCUCAGUGAUCCUCCCAAAGCCCAGAAUUUUCAUGAUUCCUGCUGGU